AUGUUCAGAUGGCUAAAUAUAAAUAAAUGUAUGAGUAAAAUUAUUCAUCCAUAUGUUUUAAAACCAAAUAAUUGCAUACACACAAAUUGGUUAUUUAAAUUCGCUACUCUAAAAAAUGAAAAUAAAAUAUUUCCAAAAAAAAAUUUGAAUAAUAAUAUAUUAAUGCAAAAUAUAAAAGUAGCUGAUGAUGGAAAUGCUAUUUGCGAACAAUUAUUAUUUUCCAAAUAUGAUCUACCUUAUCUUUUGAAAAUUCCAGUUAGCGAUCUUCGGUUAAUUGAUACGGGAAAUAAUAAUCACAAUCCAACAAUUUUAAUACGAAAAGAUGUAAUACUACUUAGGACAGGAUUUAUUAGUUGCAUUAUUCGAUAUAAUGAAACUUGGCUAUUUGAGGGUAGCAAUUCUGUGGUAAUAAAUGCAAAGGAUUUAAUUAGUAAAAACUUAAAAAAACAAAAUAAUAAUAAAUUUAAAAAUUGUAAUAAUGACGAAAUAGUUGAAAGUUUAUGUAGAAAAAGGAAUUGUACAGAUAAUGGAAAGGAAAAUAUGAAACAAAUUAAUAACGAUGAAAAAGAAGAACUAAAUUAUUUAAAUAUAAUAAAUAAUUUUUACAGAUAUAAUAAAGGGAAAGCUUAUUUUGAAUUUCUAUGUUUAGAUAUAUGUAUGCAAUUAUCAAUUAAAGAAUAUGAAAAUGAUUUAGAAGGAAUAAAUUAUAAAAUUCGUGACAUUAUAUUGUUACAAAGAAAAGAAGAAAAUAACGAGUUAAAUAUGUUAACAAAUAAACUAUUAAGAGAUAUGAUGAAAAUAAAAAAUAAUUUACAAAAAUUGUCAAAUUUAUUAAAUGCAUUACGUACUAAUAUUGAAAAAAUUUUAAACAAUGAAAAUGAUAUGAAAAAUAUGUAUUUAACUUAUUUAAAUAAAAAUCCAUAUAAUAAUUUAAAAGAUUGUAGUGAUUUAGAAAUUUUAUUAGAAACACAUUUACAAUUAACAGAUGAAUUAUAUGGACAAUUAGAAAAUGUAGAAGAAAAAAUCACACAUUAUGAAGAAUUGAUGAGAUUAAAUUUAGAUUAUAAUAGAAAUAAAUUUAUUUUAUUAAAUGCAAAAAUAUCUUUUUCGACUCUUUUAUUUUCUAUAUCAUCAGUUGUUACAAGUUUAUUUGGAAUGAACUUAAAAAAUUUUGUUGAGGAUAGUAAUUAUGCUUUUAUUAUUGUCUCUAUUUUUGUUUCUGUAUGGUCCAUAAUUGGAAUUUAUGUCACCAAAAAUAUAAAUACUCUUUUGAAAUUUUUUGAUCGCUACAAUUUUAGGUAG